AUGCUAAGGCAAUUCCCCUUGAGAAUCAGAAUAACACAAAAACAUUCUCUUGUUCCAAAGUGCAAAUUCAGAUUUCUCUCCUCUGAGAGUAGGGCCAAAAUCAGUAUUGAAGAUCCGGAAUUGUUUUACGAAUCUGAAAACCAACUUUCAAACGAUGCCACUCAACUGAAAUUUGCCCACAGAGCGUCUGGACAAACAUUUGGCCAACUAGUUGAAGAGGCUAACAACGACAGAGAUCCACUACACAACACGAGAGUCAUCACUCCAGAGGAAGCGCUUGAAGGCGUGGAUCCAAGAUACCGUGAUCCAGAAACAGGAGAAUUACUUGAAGGUGCAACAUCAAGAGAUGCACGGUUGCACCCGGAAACAUUAUGGGGACGUGUCAACCAGAAACAGGUACAUGUUCCAAGCAUGUUUGCAGAUGUCAUACAAAAUAACCUGUUAUUUCAAUAUGAGCCAAAAGUUUUAAAAGAGCAUGUGGUUAAUUGGUAUACAACUAUAAAUGAGAAAGGUGUAAGGGAAACAGUGAAUUCGGAGCUAGAGGCAGACGUUACAAUAGCAGCAUCUUUUGCACAAGACUAUGCUGUUUCUUACCAAGUUUUAGACGAGUUUGUCAAGAGGGUCGGAAAGCAAAACGUGGAGAAAGAAAUACACAGUGUCUUGGAUGUGGGGCUUGGUCCAUCUACUGGUAUGCUUGCCUUAAAUGAAAUAAUGGGUGAUGAGUGGAACCCCAAAAGAAAAGAUUCUGUUGUAUUUGGGGACUUUAAUAUGGCCAGAAGAUCUAAAAUCUUUUUAAGCAGACAAGUAAAUGAAAAUCUUCCAAGAAUAGAUGGCAUGGACUCAUACGAAGACGAAUAUACAUAUGAAAAUAAUAAUGAAAUUGAAGAUGAAAAUCCUUUGAUUGAAGAGGACAAGCCCUAUGUUGGUAAAGUUAAAACUAAAUUACUCAAAGUUAAAACUGUUAUAUUAGAUAAACUACGUCCUGUUCAAACCAAAUACGAUUUGAUCAUUGUGUCGUACCAAUUACUGAAGGAUUUAGAAAAUUUCCCAUUUGAAGUUGAUGCUAAGUUAGAUCAGUAUGUCAGGAGGUUAAAUCCGGGCGGUCAUUUGGUUAUAAUUGAGAGAGGAAACCCACUGGGCGCCGAAAUUAUUGCAAGGGCUAGGCAAAUUAUUCUAAGACCCGAAAACUACCCUGGCCAAACAGAAAAAAUCCCAAGGCCUUACAAAUCUUCUGCCAAAAAAUUAUCAGCCAAGGAGCAACUAAGGUUAAGCAGACUGUCACCUGAAGAGAAGGCACUAGCAAUGAAAAACCUUGAGCCUGAACUAUUGGAAAACUUUGACAUCAUAGAGCAGGAAACUGAGGCUGAGGAUUUGGAUAAAUUGGAUGAGCCAAUUGAUUUAUCCGUUAUAGCACCAUGUUCUCAUCAUGGCAAGUGUCCUUUACAGUUUUUUGAUCCACAAGUUUAUCUCUAUGGUAAGAUCGGAAAGAAACUAAAGUUCUGUAGCUAUUCGGUAAAUGUUCACAGACCAAAAUAUCUGCUUGAAUUAAAGAGGGGUAAGAAACUGGCAGUUAAAUGGACAGCGCCAAAUAGUGGAGUGGGUAUCGAUGGAUUGGCCAAACCCGGUAGAGGAAGAGAAGGUGGUAACGAUUAUGAAACAGCAAGUUACUCUUAUCUGAUGGUCACCAGAUCGAGGGAAGACGCAGACAAAUUAGAACAACUCCGCCAGAAGAUUACCGAGGUGGGUGUCUUAGAACGUCCAGUGGGUUACCAACCUCAGAGUAGGGAAGAAUAUCCACGUUUGUUGUCACAGCCACUGAAAAAGAAGGGAUUUGUGAUAAUGGACGUAUGUGCCCCAUCUGGUCAUGUUGAAAAAUGGCACGUCUCUAAAUCAUUAGGCAAGAGUGAAUAUCACGAUGCCAGGAAGUCUAAUAUGGGAGACUUAUGGGCUUUAGGAAAAAAGUCUGCAAAUCAAUCCACGAAAGAAAAUACCUUCUACUUUGACAAGAUUGAGGAGAAAAGAGAAAAUAUUCGGAAACACAAGAAAAGAGACUCUACUCGUUUGAAAAGAAAGAUCAAGAAGGAAUACAAGGAAGCAUUAGAGGCUGAUGCUGAUGAUCUUGAAGGAAACCUCGUCCGAAUGGCAAAAAUAGAUGUAUAUGAAUUCCUGCAGAAACCUAAGGAAGAGGAAAAAAUGAAGGAUAAGCGUAAGUUCCGCUACUAA